CGAAUACCAAUAUGUAUAAAAGAAAAAAUUUCUUGAUGUUUUAAACACUUUUCUUUUCUUCUUAUAAACGUUACAAAUUUACAAGUUCGUCAAUAUUGUUUCUGAAAAAAAAAAAUUUGAAAAACAUGAAUUAUUUGAAAUCAAUUUUAUUUGUUGCUAUCGUUAAUGGCUAUGUUUUGUUUACAAAGGCAGAGAAAAUACCAUUUAGUAGCUUAAGCUAUACUACACUUAAAGAACUUUGCGGCAAUCAGUAUAUACAAUAUAAUCUGUUAAUUGAUGCAGGCAAAUUAUCAAGAGAACUUAUUAAUAAUUAUGGAAAUUGUACUGAUACUACACAUCAAGAUAAAAUCAAAAAAUUAGUUGAAUAUAUACUUCCUUGCUUUGACAAUGAAACUACGCCAAAUGAAAAUGAAUUGACACAAAUUUAUAGUAAUAUCACGGAAAAAUUAUGCAUUAACUACGAAAUUGUCAAUUUUUUGGAAAACAAUAAAAAAUGCAUUAAAUCCGAUAAUGAAGAAUUUAUGAAAUGUUUGUCGAAAAAUGUUGAUGAAAAUAAACUUGAAUCUGACAAUUUCUAUCAGAUGCUGGCAUUGACUCUUUCAAAAACGGAUUGCAACUUUUUUAAAAAUAUGUACAAUUGUAUAGUGAAUUCAUUUAACGACAAUUGUAAGUCUGAGGCUAAAAUCUUUAAAAUAAUUUUAUCUAAAUUUGCCUUGAAUUUAAAGUGUGCCAAAUAAAAAGAAUUUGUUUUUAUUUUUGUUACACUUAAAUUUAUGAUUAUUACAAUAUAUAUUAUUACUCUUCUUUAAAAUUACACUUUACAAUUUUAUUUUAUGUAUAAAGUGAAAAUUAUUGUUUAUGUUUGAAAUGAAAAUAAUUCUUUUAAUAAUACUGUAUUGUUGUUAUAUUUGUAAUUUUUGUGUUUGAAAUCAUGAUUUAAUAAUAAAAAAUUUCAUGACAA